AUGGAGGGCGGCGAUUCUAUUCUUCUACAACCGAUUCGUGAUAUAACUUCCGUAAAAGAUGGUGAAAAUCCAAAAUCACCGACAACGGCAGUUGAACGUCUGCCAAAAUCUUCUCGUCCAUUACUUCCGAGCAGUUCAACUCUCAUAAUAAAUCUUCCUGAUAGUUCUACAACGGGGAUAGAUCGUUCACCAAAUGUCGUUCAAAAUUAUUUAUCAGAAAUAAACCCAAAAAAUCAAUUCUUUCAAAAUGCUUUUCAAAAUAUAUCAUACAUAAUCUCUUGGUAUUUUUUUUCUACUGCUUUAUCCUUUUACAAUAAGGCACUAGUUGGAAAAGAUAAAUUUAAUUUAGAUAUACCUUUAUUUGUGAGCGCUAUUCAUACAGGAUCACAUUUCUUGAUAACAUCAAUGUUAAUGAGCGGAAGUCUCUCAUUUAUAUAUAAAAAACCAGAAGUAAAAUCUGUCUCAAUAAAUAGUUAUAUUACGAGAGUAGUACCUUGCGCUCUUGCAGCAGCAUUAGAAAUAUGUAUGGCUAACGCCUCACUUAUGUAUAUUACUUUGAAACAUCCUCGUAUUAUUUUAGUUGUUAUAAUAUCUGUUAUAAGUAUCGGAGUUAUUAUGACAGUAUUUGGAGAAGCUGCGUUUAAUCUUACAGGUUUUUUAUUAGUAUUAGGUGCGGCAAUUGUUAGUGGUUUACGUUGGUCUUUAACUCAAAUGCUUCUUCAAAAAGAAGAAGGGAUGAAUCAUCCAGUUGCUACACUUUAUUAUGUAUCUCCUGUGAUGUUUAUUAUGAUGAUUAUUCUUUCAUUUAUUUUUGAAAAACCAUUUUAUGCAUUUGGUAAUUCAAAACAUUUUAAGGAUCCAGAAACUAUUAUUCAAACAUUUGGUUUAAUGUUAGCUGGUGGAAUUUUGGCAUUUUGUAUGACAAUUUCAGAAUUUGCUUUAAUCAAAAAUACUAGUACAGUAACAUUAUCGGUUGCUGGAAUUAGUAAAGAAGUAGUUAUAAUCGUAUUAUCUGUUCUUAUAUAUCAAGAUCAAUUAACCCCUCUGAAUAUAUUAGGACUUGCGGUUUCCAUAGCAGGUAUUGCUGGCUAUAAUUAUUAUAAAAUAAGCAAGAGUAGUUUGGAUACUAAAGGUCGCUACCAGGUAGUACCAUUACAUAAGAACGAGUCAAUGGAUUGA